CUAACACUUGAAGAGAGUUCUCACAAGUGGCAUGCAUUUUGUUCCCGAGGACGCAGCACGCUCAGUGUACCGUGGCUAUGUGAGCGUAGGUGGCGAUGAAUUCGCAGUGCGUGUGUCCAAGGUGGCGUACGACUCACGUACGGGUCGAGCUAUACUGGAUGCAGCUCAAUUGGACGUGGAGCGGGCACUAGCGACUCGGUUAAAACCGCAUAGUUCUACACUGAAGCUGCGACUGGCGCAGGCGUCGUCUCUCGCUGGUUUCGCGACGGAGUUGGAGGAGCUGGUUGCAAUUUGCUGCAGGACACAGACUAGAAAUAAGGUUGCGUUGCCUAGUGCUAAAUAUUACGUCAGAUUGAUGGAGGAACUGGACGUGGUGGGCUGGAAUCGGCUUCGCCAACUUAGUGACGACUUGCGCUCGCUAGAGCUCGAGACAAAGGACAAGGCUGAACGAAUCCAUGCGAUUCGAGUGCUACUGCCAUUGCAGUAUGAGACUGCAGGGUUCACAGCGAAGCCGGAGUGUUUGGUAGAUGCUCCCGAAGCUUUUGAACUGCAAUGGCCACCCGAUGACAACCAGUCUGUGUUGGAUGGCAUAUUACAGCAGUUUGAGAGCUUCUUGGACCGAUUUCAGGAGUUUUGGGACGUGCUGGAUGCACUUGAUGCAUCGGCCUGUGUACUGGAGCCGCAUCAUGCCUCGAGAGCUACGGGGCGGAGAAGAUUGGCUCUUGAGCGAUAUGCGUCGGUGCAAUUUGAAGUGGACCCGACACACCCAACAGCGAUGUUGACUGAAUUGAACUUCUUCGGCAACCAGGCCAGUGUCGGAAUGUUACGUGAACGCUGGGGCAACAAUGGAUCGACCAAGUGGGAUGAAUCCAGACCACUACACAAGAACCUAGAAGCCGUACUAGAAGUUACCCUGCCGUCUCCAAAGACAGCGAAGGUUGAAGAGUUUGCGGUUGAAUGCGGGAUCUGCUAUUCGUACCGCCUAGUGGACGAGGAAGACAAUGAGGAAGCGAAGCAAGAACCUGAUGGAACGAACCAAUGCAAAACAGUUGAAGAGCAAGGCUCACGCAUCCCUGACCGUCUGUGUGAAAACACCAAGUGCAAUCGACCAUUCCACGCCAAAUGCCUAUUUGACUGGCUUCGUGCGCUACCCACAUCGCGUCAAUCCUUCCAUACAGUUUUUGGGGAAUGUCCAUACUGCCGAGAAGCAAUCAGUGCCAAGUUUCAACCAGAUUUUUAGAGAUGACAACGAAUUUAGCGGCUGACGAGUUGUAUCCAUACCAGCUUACUCUACCGCCGGAGCUGGUUCGGACUUAGGGACAUCGGCUGGCUUACUCUCACUCGCUGGUUCACUGAAAGCUGCUUGUUCAUCCCGCACAAUGUUGAUGGAGCCGUCAGGGUUCACACGAAUACGCUUAGAGGGUUUACCGGUAUCGCGAUCAUCGUUCUUGUUACGACGACGACUGCGGGACGGUUCCUCUCCAUGUCGGUCUUCGCGAAACUCGCCGUACGGAUGAGCUCUUGAGCCGCCACGUCGUCGGGACGAGGAUCCGUACUCUCGAUCAUUGCGACGACGACUGCCUCGUGCGUCAUGGCGCUGACUGCCCCGAGAGUGAUACAUGCCCUUCUUAGGGAGUUUUUCAGGAGGAAAGUCGUCGUCCGUGGCCUUACGCAGCAACACGCGCCACUUCUUGUCACGAGGCUGCGUCUGACUGCCAAUGGGGUUACCCAGAUGCCACUGCGAGCGAUUAAACUCGACAUCAGGGACCUCAACUUCCUCUUCUACUUCCAUUGCCAUGGCCGAGUCAUCCGCAGACGCCUCUGCAUCAGCCAUAUCGACAUCUUCUCCAGACGCACCAGUCUUCUCCUUCUUCUGCUUCAAAGUUUGCGGUGGGAUCUCCUGACUCAGUGCAACGAGCGCUCUCGCAGCAGUAAAGUUGUCCUGGAACACAACGGUACACGAGCUGUCGUUGAACCAUUCCACGUAUGCUGGGCCGUACCCCACGAAGUAAUCCAUCACAUCACUCGUACGGACUUGCUGGAACUUCUCGUCCAACGAGUACAUGUGCAGUGCGUCGUCGCGGAAUACCACAGUCUGUCCUUCAACUAUUGGAGCCUUGACGUCGCAUCGCUCUCGACGCACCUUAGCGGACGCUGGCUUAAUGCCCGUGGGGACCACUUGGGAACGAUCUUCUUCAGCUGAGAGCCCGAACUUCUGCGCCCGAGCGCGUAACUUCUCCUGGUCGCGCUGUUUCUCAGCCCAUUCUACCUGCGUCAUCCCUUGCUCCAACGCCUUCGCAGUCUCAGCUGUGUACUCCACUGCAAACUGCGGUGUAUCAAAGCGUUUCAUGCGCUGUUCGCGCUUGCUCUGCUCCUCUUGACUCGUGAUGUCGAUACCUGUCGAGAAGCCUGGCAUAAUGGCACCUGUACGCUGGAGCUUCCUCACUUCUCUAGGGUCCAGGAACUUCUUGAUGUCGGGCGGUGCAAAUGGCGCUCCGAAUCGCUCGGCACGGCGCUUAGAAGCCGCAUACUCGGUCUCAUAUUGUUGACGCUGCUCAGGCGUCAAUAGGUCCUCUUUGCCUAACGGAUCAGCCCGCACCAUCGGCCUUGGCGGAGGGAAAGCUGCUAUAUUAGCAGCUGCAAGAGCCUCCGUCUGGCCCUCGUAGACGCCGCGAACCUGAAUGCCUCGAAUGGACACUGGAGAGUCCCACGACGUGAAGGCUGUUUCCGUUACAUUGACAAAGUCCGGGUCCUGCACUGUUGAGAGGACGUCCUGGCCCACCUGAGCGCCCACACCGAAGGAGAAUGAGCCACUCUUAACAUCCGCCACAACCCAAUACGCCACAAACUCCUGGGUCGAACACGUGCGGCCUGUGAAGACCCGGGCUAGAUCCACCUCCUUGGUGCGUCCAGAAGCCGAUUUGCGCCACACCAAUUCCGUAUUUCCACUCGUUCCAACCGCUACCUCAUACUUCCACUCGAUGUGGGCUUUCUUGUCUUUUUCAGCGUCCUCAGAGCUGUCGUUAGAGGCCUCGGACGAGGGGGCAAAGCCGACGCGCAGAUCUUCUCGUGCAGUCGCCUCGAACUGCACGACUAGAGCGCAGAGAGAGGAAGCAGGAGGUUCGUUAGAAGCGUCUUCCAUCGAUUGAUCAAAUGGUGGCGGCGAGGGGGACCGCCAGUGGCGGUAACGCCCGUACAGCGCACCGAGCUGCAGCUCUGAAGGUGGUGACGCGGCGGGCUCCAUGCUCAAGGCGGUUUUCCAGUGUGAAGGCUCAGCAGCUAUUUAACCCAUAGUAGCGUGGCCCACACUCGACGUAAUUUUUUAAAAAUCACCCUUUGUUUUGACUAGGAUGUUUUCGUCAGCUGCAAAAUAGACCAACAGUCUAAAUGCUUGAUUAGCUGAUCCACCCAA